GGAACCCCGAUAAGUCGGCCCCCGAUAACCCGGAAGUCCGGCUAACCCGGACCGAUUUUCAUCAGAUAAACAUUUUGAUUUUCAAUAUUUUGUAUUUUUCAAUUUAAUUGUGGCUUAUUUCCAAUCAAAAUAGUUAAUUAUCAGACAAUCCUUUCAACAAUAAAAAUGUAUGUAAUAUAAUAUUUGAGAGAUAAUGUGUCUAGACUCUCUGUGUCGUGUACUUAUGUGUGUAAUUUGAACACGAGAUUAAAAAUGACUCAUAGUACACGCCGCAGAAACAACAGCCAGCUGUCUGUAGUAUCUAUUCCUUUUUAUUUCAAACUGUCAGCAUUGUUUAGGAAAGACUAUUUAAAAAAUUCUUUUAUAAACAAUGGUCUUUAGUAUUGUGUGUCUGGUAUUGUUCUGCUUACGUUUGAGUUUGGUGUUUUUUUUAGUAAUUUUAAUGAGUAGGUAAUACUGUGCAUACCUAUUUAUAAAUAUAUUUCAUGUUAUUUCAAUUCUAACGGAGUUUAUCUUUAGCGGUUGUGUACAAUAGAUAUACAAAUAUGAUCCGGUCCAAUGUCUGUCCUAGGAUGACUUCCACUAACGAACAUCUUCUUCCACCUCCACCUCCACCUAAGCCAAGGACUUCACCGAUGGAAUUUAGAAACCCAGAUCUAGUGUCUCGGCUACUAGCAGCCACCCCUCCUUACCUUUCCAAUAUGGAGCUACUACCGAACACUUUCUUCUUCAGCGAGUUAUUGAAAUCAAUUGUACAAGCUAAGAUUCAAAGAACUGCUACCUUUCAACCGCCAGUAAGAAGACCGAGGAAGAGGAGUUGGGCUACUUCGAGAUCUGAGUGUUUGGGUAAAGCUCCUAUCGAGUCGAAAUCAGAGGACAUCCUUCUUCCCCCACCUCUUCCGCCUCCACCACCUCCUCAGGCUUCUGCUCCACCAACUCAAGAAGCCUUAGUUGACUGGAUGCUGAAGGGCAAUAAAAAACAGGAAGAUAAUCCUUUAGAACUUACAAUAAAUAAAAACGAAAACCCAAAUAUCUUCCCCAACCAUACCAAAGUUGAGCAGAGUAUCCCCCAGAUGUUUCCAAAUAUCCACCACAAUAUUCCCCAAGACAAUAACUCACAAAAUCUCGUUUUGCCCCCACCUCCACCCAUAUGGUAUCCACCGUUGUACCCAACCUCUCCCUUUGCCAUAGACCCUUUACAUUUCUUUAUCGACCUUCGAGUAUCUGGUCAUAUAUAUGACAAGAAAAAUCAGAAAGACAAUUCAGAAGCAUCUUCAUCUAGCGCGUCGAGUUCACCAAGAGAAAAACCACACACCGAAGUUUCUACUCCUAAAGUUGAACCUGAAAUCAGCAAUAACGCUUUCAAACAAAGUAGGAAUUGCUCAGCAUUUUCUGUUCCUAUUCCUAGUUCGUCUAGGUCGAAUUAUUCAGACAAAGAAACAAAACCUACUAAAUUUGACGUUAAAUCUAUGGGCUUCGAUAAAAGCUCAAACAAGACAAGUAUAAACUACGUCAUGUCAAAUAUAUCGAAUAUAUACAAAAACAUUCAACAAUCACAAGAUGUUGCGAUUGAUUUCAUCGAUGAAGGAGAUGAAGAAAAACGUGUCAGAGAUUUAAGAGCUGCUCUUGGUUUGGACUUGGUGGUCGAUUACAUGAAACAUAAGAAUCCAAGGAGUAGUAAUGAUGAAUCAUCGAUUUCUACUGAUUAUGAAUCAGUUGGGAGUCCUCAUCUUGACGUUGUAGAUGAGAAUUGAUAAACUUGAUAAACUAUUUUAUUGUAAAACAGUAUUUUGUGUAAAUAUCUCGUUACAUCAAAUUAGCAAUUCUGAUAGAAAUAAUUUCAAAAUCUAUCUCUUUCAAAUGUCAAAUAAUAAAGUACCAACACAAUUUAAAUAGU